CCCCCCCCCGAGCUGGGCUCCCGCUGCCUCCCCCCAGUGCUGUUGCCCGCAGAGAGCAGUUCCCCCAUGGGGGGGGCAGGAUCAGGACCCUGGUCCUGUCGGGGGGGGCUGUGCCCUCUCGGGGGGGGGUCCCUGGGCUGCCCCCCUGCGGAGGCCAGGCCACUGCAGUGGCCACCCCCGCAGCCCUCCCCGGGGCCGGCCAAGCGCGGUCCUCCACCCUCCCAGAAUCCUUCACGUCGCCCGCUUCUCUCCGCCCCUUCUCUGUGGCUGAGCAGGACCCAGGGCAGGUUCCCGUGCGUGGGGCUGCGCCGCGCGUCUGGCAGUGGGGUAGCAGGAUCAGGCCCGCUGGAUCCGCACGCCAUGGCUCCCCCCACAGGUAACGUUGUGGACAGCCAGUCCCACAGACCCCCAGUGAACCGACUAAGAUGGGACCUGACAGCAGAGCAAAUAGAAAACAUGACUGUGGAGCUGCUAGAAAGGAGCAAGCAGGUGUAUGACCGAGUGGGCUCCCAGGAACAGGGGGAGGUCUCCUAUGAAAAUACCCUCAAAGCUCUGGCUGAUGUGGAGGUGGAAUAUACAGUUCAGAGGAACAUGCUGGACUUCCCCCAGCAUGUCUCCCCUUGCAAAGAUAUCCGCACGGCCAGCACGGAGGCAGACAAAAAGCUCUCGGAUUUCGACGUGGAGAUGAGCAUGAGGCAGGACGUGUACCAGAGGAUCGUCUGGCUCCAGGAGAAAGCGGAAAGUGCUUCCCUGAGGCCAGAAGCGAAGAGAUAUCUAGAGAGGCUGAUUAAACUGGGUAAACGAAAUGGCCUUCACCUCCCGGAGGAGACGCAGGAGAAAAUCAAAGCCAUUAAGAAAAGGCUGAGCCUGCUCUGCAUCGACUUCAACAAGAACCUGAAUGAAGACACCACCUAUCUGCCCUUCUCCAAGGAGGAACUGGGGGGGCUCCCCGAGGACUUCCUGAACUCCCUGGAGAAGACAGAGGAUGGCAAGCUGAAGGUCACCCUGAAGUACCCGCACUAUUUCCCCCUCAUGAAGAAAUGCUACUUGCCUGAGACAAGGAGGAAGGUGGAGGAAAUGUUCAACUCCAGGUGCAAGGAGGAGAACUACUUGAUCCUCAAGGAACUGGUGGACCUGCGGGCUCAGAAAUCCAACCUCCUGGGCUUCGACACUCAUGCUGAUUUCGUGCUGGAAAUGAACAUGGUGAAAACCAGCAAGACCGUGGCUUCCUUCUUAGAUGAGCUGGCCCAGAAGCUGAAGCCGCUUGGGGAGAAGGAACGGGCCGUGAUCCUGGACCUGAAGAAGAAAGAGUGCAAGAAGCGGGACUUGGAGUUUGACGCCUGCAUCAACGCGUGGGACAUGCGCUACUACAUGAACCAGGUGGAGGAGACCAAGUACAGCGUGGACCAGAACCUGCUGAAGGAGUAUUUCCCCAUGCAGGUGGUCACCGCUGGCCUGCUGGAGAUCUACCAGGAGCUGCUGGGCCUGAACUUCCACCUGGAGGAGCAUGCCCAGGUCUGGCACGAGGACGUCCAGCUCUACUCGGUGAAGGACAUCGCCUUGGGCAAGACCAUUGGGCAGUUCUACCUGGAUUUGUACCCCCGGGAGGGGAAGUACGGGCACGCGGCCUGCUUUGGCCUGCAGCCAGGCUGCCUGCUGCCGGACUCCAGCCGGCAGAUCUCCGUUGCUGCCAUGGUAGCCAACUUCACCAAGCCCACGCCGGACGCACCGUCCCUGCUGCAGCACGACGAGGUGGAGACCUACUUCCAUGAGUUCGGCCAUGUCAUGCACCAGCUCUGCUCGCAGGCAGAGUUUGCCAUGUUCAGCGGGACCCAUGUGGAGCGGGACUUUGUUGAAGCCCCGUCUCAGAUGCUGGAGAACUGGGUGUGGGAGAAGGAGCCCCUGGUGCGCAUGUCCAAACACUACAAAACUGGCAGUCCCAUGCCCGACGAACUGCUGGAGAAGCUCAUCCAAUCCAGGCAGGCGAACACAGGGCUGUUCAACUUGCGUCAGAUCGUCCUGGCGAAGGUGGACCAGGCCCUUCACACCCAGACGAAGGCAGACCCCGUGGAGGAGUACACCCGGCUGUGCGAGGAGGUGCUGGGCAUCCCUGCCACCCCAGGUACGAACAUGCUGGCCACGUUUGGCCACCUGGCUGGAGGCUACGAUGCCCAGUACUAUGGCUACCUCUGGAGUGAAGUGUAUUCCAUGGACAUGUUCCACACGCGCUUCAAGCAGGAGGGGAUCAUGAACUGUAAGGUGGGCAUGGAUUACAGGAACUACAUCCUGCGUCCCGGAGGGUCCGUGGAUGCGUGUGACAUGUUGAGGAAGUUCCUGGGUCGAGACCCCAAGCAGGAUGCCUUCCUGGCCAGUAAAGGACUGAAGGUUGAGUCCAGCUCACUGCCUUCUGCCUGCUGAAAACCCGCCCGCUGCCCUGUGAGUAGAGCCAGCUCCUGUGUCUGCGAACCCGUCCUCCUGAGCCAGAGAACCAAGCAGCACCAGACUCCUUUGUCAUCCAAACACCCGCCGGGUGGGCUGACACCGCGGCUGCUCUUCAUCCCCAGAGUGAACGUAGGGCCUCCAGCAGAGGGGUUUAGCUGUGGCGCUGCCAUUUCCCCUCUCUGGAAUGACAGCUGUGCCACAGGAAGGGCGGUGCAAUCUGUCACCCUUUGGCGCGGGUGUGUGUGUGUGUGUGUUAUAAGUAGCCCAUACAAAUUGGUUUAAAGCUGAAACUUUGCACCCACAGUGUCUGCACAAGGGUGCAGCUCAGGAAGGGGUGGGGGGGUGUUAAAAAUUGGAUUCACCAUUUUAGAAGUGGCACCGUUGUUUAAGAGCUGAGAAUUCCCCAGCCCUCCGCUUAUUUUGUGCCCGAAGGUAGAAUCGCGGCUCUGCCCUUAAAACAAACGAAUAGAGAGAGAACUAAAGGGCAGGGAGGAUUUGGGCUCGGUCUCCUCUCCAGUGGGCAGAUUGGAAACCUCUGAAUAAACCCAGCUGCGAGGCCAAGGUGUAAAAAGCCACAAAGUGCACUUGUGCUACCUUACUAGUCUCGCUCACCCCAAAAGGAAUAUUCCCCUCCACACUACAAGCCUGCCGGGCGGGUGGGGUGUUAGUCCCCUCCCGCCCCAGCAUCACCACCUGGGUGGAGGAGACUCCACUCAGACCUUCCCCCCGUUUUGUUUUGAGCAAAGCAAAUGAAAUUCCAGCCCAUGUCAGAAGGAGGCGCUGUCCCCUCUCCUCCUCUUCCUCCCCUGGUGGGUGAGUGUAUUCAGAGCUGGAAGAGAUCCCACCCUGCAAAGGAACCAAGCUCCCUCCUCUGGGCGGUCAAUACUUCGCAAGCUCAGACGCUAACUACGCUGUCGGGGGUGUCAAUAUUGUUAUAUUACUGGGCCGCUGCAGCUCCGUAAGCAGAGGUUGGCGCAGGAAGCGGGGGCACAGACACAGGACAGCAACGUGGCCCACAGGGAUAUGAAGACCUAGGGGCUAGUGACCUGGCUGGGGAUCCUUUGAUGUCAGCCUGGGGGGCUGGUGAAAGUCAGCCGGCUCAGGGCCCUGUUUGCGCUGCAAUGGAACCUGUGUGAGCAGUGCCUCCAUCCGCCCCUGGGUACAGCCUAGUGCAGAGAGGCCAGUGCUGGCACCAUGUGCCUCCCUCGCUGUCUGGCCGCCUCUAACCCUGCUCGCAGGCUGGCGUCAGAGGUGUUGGUCUGCCCCUGCAAUCCAGGCGUCUGGCGGUGGGGCACUCAGACCCUCCACUGACUGACUGACGCAUCUGUUAUGAAACACUCCAUUGUGUUGGAAGCAGUAGGCUGGGGCUGUGACGCAGUCCCUCCGCCCUGCCCUGAGAUGGCUAACCGCUGUCUGUGCUCCUUUCAGCAAGGUCCCUUUUUGGUCUAGUGUUUUGCUGUGCUGCGUAAAACCAAGCAGGGAGACGAUUCAGCUCCUUGUACAGUGAUCCAGCUGAGUUGCAUCAUCUGCUCUCCCCGCUGCUUCUCCUCAGGGACGGUAGAAAACCACAGCAGAUUCGCGCUAAAACUGUUCUCCCUCCAUACCUGAAAUUUCACGCCAGGCGUAUUCUAUAGCACUUGAGUUCUACGCUUGUAUAGUCUAAUACUAGAUGUAAGAUGGGGAGAGUCACUGGAAAUAUUUAUUAGCUGUUUAAUGUCAAUUACUGCUGCUGCCGGACCAAGUGUUACAGAAAAGCCCUGUGAACUGCCGGGCAGGAAUCUCACCUACUUCUUUAGCGGAUGCUCUUUUAAGGACUGUAGCAAAGCGUGAAUUCAUUUAAAUGGUACAAGCCUCCCACUAGGGUAAGAUUUGAGGGAUAAAUGAUUCUUAUCCACACUCCCUUUUCCCUGUGCUUAUGCCCCUUUUCUCUGUGCUUAUGCCCUCUGUUGAUCCAUCUCUGUUCUAACUGCCUCUGCUAAAUGGGGUUAAAAACCAAAAUCCCAAAUA